AUGAUAUUGAAAUAUUGUUUCGGAAUUUACAAAUUCAACCCUAUUAUUAUAUAAAUAGUUUUAGCACUACUUAAAGCCAAAUCAUAUCCUGCCAAUGAAAAUAUUCAAUACUAAGGAGAUGUAAGAGUUAUUAAUGAAAAAAACAAACUCUUAGGAGUCAUGCCUUUUUCAUAAGCUAAAGAAUAACCAAUCUAAUAAGAGAAAUAUAUCAUUCUUUUGAAUGAAAAUGUUGAAUCUCCCCUCUGUAUAAUUUGUGAUUAUUCUGAUGAAUUAGCUUAAAGAUUUCUGACUGAGAUUUCAUCACCUUCUUUUUUUUAAAUUAUCACCUUAAAAAAAUAUUAAAAUAGGAUCCUAGGAUUUAUAGGUUAAAUUAAUAGCAGCACAAACUAUUCUAAAGAAACAAAAGAGAAUUACAGUUAAUACUAAUUGUUUACAAAAUGAAGAAUUAAUAUCAAAGAAUGUGUUUUAUAAGGUUAAACUUACUAUUAAUUAUUGUUUAGGGAUAUAUAUGAAUAAUUUAUUAAAUCAAUUGGAAAUAUUAGAAGUUGUGAAUAUAUUAACACAUCAGAAUAAUAUGGAACUAAAGAUGAAUAAAAAUAACCUUAAAUUGAAUUAGAAUAUGAAUUUGAGAAGAUAGGUGAAAUUUAAUAAUCUUAGCCGAUUCCAUAAUUAAAAAUUGAAAGAUAAAUUAAUCAAACUUUCAAUUUAAAUACUAGGUAGAUCUUAAAUGACAUAUCAAAGAUAAGAAUUAUUGAAUGCAGAUGAAUUUAUCAAAGAAUUCUAUUCAUUACAUAAAGAUACUGACAAAAAAGAUAGAGAAAUAGACUAAGAAAAUUUUACAAAAGAAAAAAUUUGGACCAAAGACAGAACUUAAAAAAGAAUCAUCAAAUACACCUAUCCAAUAAAGGGAUUGAUGAAAUUAUGA